AUGUUCCGGAGGCCCCGUGACAGGGAGGCUGUUGUGUCCUUGGAGGCAUCUGCCUCCUCCAAGAAGCCAUGGACCCCACCUGAUCGGAGGGGUGAGAAGUGGCAUCGCGUUCCAUCCAAGCCCGUGGGCUUUCUCCAUGCUGCCUCCUACGAGCAUCAGCCGCAGGUGAACAUCGCCUUUGGCUUUCCAUCCAUCCAGAGGACCGAGAAGACAGAGGAGGAAGCUGUGAGGAAGGAGCAGGUCCGGCCUGAGGAGACCGUCAGCUGUGUCACGGACAACUUUCAAGCGUUCAUAAGUCACGAGGAGAUGGAUGGUGAGGAGAGCCUGCAGGAAACGGUUGAGCUCGUCUUCAAGAGGGCCGUGCAGAAACCAGACUCUGCUGCAGUCUUCGCGGAGCUGUGUCAGCGCCUCUCAACAGUGGAAUUCCAAUCCUUGUCCGACUGGUCGGCCAGCGUCUCCUUCAGGUCCCUGCUGGUCAAACACUGCCAGGCAGAGUUUAAGAAGAACUUUGAAAGGGAGGACAUUUCUCGGAAGGGGGGGUCCUGCCUAGAGCCAGUCAGGGACGUGAGGGUUAUUGAUCGACUGAGGGAAGAGAAAAACAACGCCAAACCCUCCUGUCGCUCCAUACAUACCAUCCGGUUUAUUGGGGAGCUGUUCCUCUCCAAGGUUCUGGGGGACAAAGCCAUGCACUACUGCAUCAGGAAGCUGCUGCAAAAUGGAGAUGGGCCGUCUCUUGAGAGCCUCUCUCUGAGAACAUGGACUCAUCUCUGCGACGAUGAAUGCGACAUGCUGCACUCUGAUUGGCUGGACGUGAGCUGA